GAAUUCAUAUUCUUUGGGUCUUUCGGUAAAGUCACGUAGCUAGGUUCGAAGAAAAUAACAAAAACCACGACGUUUCGAUCGCAACACAAGCGGACGACCGCUUGUGUCGCGAUCGAAACGUCGUGUUAAAAAAACCCCUCUAUUAUGGAUGAUAUUGGCCGCGAAAGCCUCCCACGUGUUCAACUGAGAACACCGCUUUGCUUUGCGACCGCCACGCAUCCCAGGCAUCGAAGUCGCGCGCACUCAGAGCCGCGAUUCGGCGUCUCCCGGCAGCGCGUUCACACGGGUUCACUAAGGCAGCGCCGCGUGCGUCACGGGCCCCGUGGGCUCGGGGUUGGUGACGAGACCACGGGAGGAGGAGGAAGAAGUAGACGAGAAAGAAAGGGAGGGUCUUGGAACCGGACCCGACCCAACCCAGCCCGGUCGGGCCCGGCACAUCAACCCCGGCUCGACUCGGUCGUGAGUGAGCGGAGAUGCACGCCACGAACUCGCGUUGCGUUGCGCGCGUGACAGCUCCUCUUUGCGAUUGUGCCACGGACUCUUGAGCUUUGAAUGCCGAGUUGUUAAACGCGGUGGACUGUGCACUGUCGUGCCUCACAUCAACCGACGCAAAACAACACCAACGAACAAGGCGCCCGUCCACCACACAAUUCGCCCGUGGAUGAGACUGAAUUUGCGUUCAAACCCCGUCGCCUGCGACCUCCUGUAAGCGACACGGGAGCGCCCUCUUGUGGAGGUUCCCUGCAACUUGGACCAGCGCCUCUUCCGACUCUUCUCUGCCUUGACGAAGUCACAGACGACAUCUUAUUUAAGUUUAAAGAGAACCCGUUUGUGUUGUUUGCUCCACAAAAAAAGGAAUGCGCGUUGUGAACGCGAUUCAGCAACUAAAGUUGAAGAAACAACUUAAAUAUAAAUUGAACGGCAAGUGCAAAUCCAUUAUUAACCGGACGGAUGUGUAAAUUGAAAUCAAACCCUUAUUAUCGGUAGCAAAAAAAAAACAUGAGCGUGCAAUUUUAAGUAGAUUACACUUGAACUGAGAUGACUGGCAGAUGCACCGCCUGUGCCACCUCGUUGCAUUUUAGCCGCCCGGCGCUCCGCCCGUUGGCGUGAGCGUCGCUACUCCGCCGGUCCGCCGUCGCCGGUCCGCUUCUGAACUCAACGGUCAAACAGGAGCGCCUUCCACGAGCCCUCCUCCACAGUCCACACAGAGGCAGAGAUUCCCUCCCGCGCAGCCCGCAACGGGCUGUUAGGGCAAGUGCGUUCUCGUGAGCGCUCCGCGUCGUCAACUUCCCCCACUCGGGUGUCCACAACACCAUGCCCGCGGUAUAAGCGGAGCCUCCUCCUCCCUUGCGCGCCCACGUACACACCUAAACGUAUCUAUCGUCCAAUCGGUCAACCCUGGCUUUCCGGACAAUGCCGAUCAGCAAACACUUCUCCCCAGGCUCACCCGACUCGAGGAUGGGCAGGAGGCGACCUCGGCUGGAGAUCACGAGGGAAAUGAUCAGCGCCCCGCUCGGAGAUUUCCGUCACACGAUGCACGUGGGUCGCGGCGGCGACGCGUUCGGGGACACGUCGUUCCUGCGCGAGAGACCCCCUCCCGAGAAUCCCAGGUACCGCCGCGGGGAGUCGCCGCCCCCGGCGGGCAGGGAGAGCCUCCUGGCCCGCACGCUGCGCGCCAGCAAGCGCAGCCUCUCGGUGGGACGCUCGGCUCGCCUGUCGUCCACGUCGACUUCGUCUUUCGUCGCCGUUCCGCUCCCCUCGUCACCGUCCUCCUCGGCCUCCGCCUCCUCGUACUCCGCCUCCACGCCGAGCUCCCCCGUCGGCGUCUCGCAGCCGCUGUCACGGAGCGAGAUGGAGGUGCAGUGCAUCGCGCCGCCUGGCGGAGAGCGGGCGAGCCGCUCUCCGGGACCCGUCCGGACCCCUUUGGCCCCUGUGGGCUCAAUCGCCGGGGUCACGGCAGGGUUCAGCCCUUACUCCGGCGGCGGCGGCGGCAACGCGAUCGCUCGUCCGAACGGCGCCAUGGACGGCCAGGAACCGCUGUUUGACCGCCGCGACCAGGCGCUCGCGCACUCCAUCCCCGUGCUCAAGCACGCCGAGUCCGUCAUGUCGUUCCACGUGGACCUGGGGCCCUCCAUGUUGGGUGACGUCCUCGGAGUGAUGGGCUCGGAAGAAGGAGGCGCGGCGGCUCCGGGCUUCGAGGUCGUCGCCGCCGCAGCCCCCGCCGCGACGCCGGGGCGGGGCGGGAGCAGCCGGGGCGGCUCACGGAGUUCCAGCGCCAGCAGCAGCGGGGGCAGCAGCGCCACGCUGGCCGACGACGCGGCGUCCCAGGGUGACGGCGAGGGUGACGGUGGCGCGUGGGCCGCUGCGGCGAGCGAGAAACGCCCGGCCGCGCUCCCUGCCGCGCUCCCAACCAUGCCGUUCGUUGCCUCCCUGCACCACCACCAUCACCCGUUUGGGUCCUACCUGGAGGACGACGAGAUUCUGCCCUUUUGAGCGAAGCCUGUCGGCGCAGAUCUUGCGAUCGCUUGCUCAUGCCACUGCUGGCUGGUGGAAGGACCUCCACUAGGAGGGCACGAUAAAAAGCCACAGCGCCCCCCCACCCUCCCCCUCCUUGGCUUUAGGAGGUAUUUGGCCUACUCUUUCACGCUGCCCAGAUGGCUUGCAAGAAUUCAACGUAUCCACACUUUACCCCAACAGCACACAGGGACCUGCCGAUCGUCUAUCCAUGGUGUAUCCAUUUGUGCUGCUGGGUGGACAAAUUCAUGAGGCAUGUAAGACACUUGCACCUGCCGUGGAAGCUACGUGAGCACGGCUUAAUUUCUCAACUGAACACGUAGCCAGUCGCUAAUAGACUGGACGUGGUGCCACGUUGAUUAUCAUAGCCACAGCCAUAGCGAGGUACGGUGAACUGGAUGUUGUGUGCCCGGGUGCAAAGAAAACAUCACUACCAAGUCACCAACCAGGACUGAAAUUAAGCCCUGCCUGCGUGCAAUAUGCACACAGGGCGUAGGUGCCACAUUAAAUGGAGAUUCGACCACAUCCUCCGCCACCAAUUAAAACAAACAGUUCUCACCUUGUAGCUGUACACCUUAGGCUGUCCCACAAGAGUUUAAAGCUUCCUUUAAUGUAAAUGAUGGGCCCAUCAUUAUGGACCUAAAUUGAUUUGAAAAUAAGUUACUUCACUCAGGUGCCAUCAUGCCGCUGCUGCCCGUAACUUUACGGCCGGUUUUGUCACUCAGGAAGCUUGUUAUGCAGUCUUGGUGUAUGAGCCGCAAGAUCAGAGCUGUUUUAGUCUUUUUAAUGCAUGUUACUGAGCAGAAGGACAAAGGUGCAGGGUGUUCAGUGCCCUGGUGUUGCACGUGCUGCUGUGCGGUGGCGGAGGUCAUGGACACGAAAUAAGGCACCGAAAGGCUGAACGCCAUCAUUACAAUUCUCCCCACGCAGGAUCCUGGGGUUACGGGCGGGUUCAUGAUUUUUGUAUCAAAUCGUCGACUGCUUCGGGAGACCGUGCUGAGACGCCGCUUGUGCCUGUUGCGGGAGACGCCAGCUGCGGCCGUUUAGUGGCCACGCGGCUCGCUUCCCAGAGGCCCGACCCAGCAGAGUAGCUGCUCCGAAUCGGAUUUGUAUGUAUGUUGAACUUCUUUCGCACCGUACGUAGCUAACCAUACUAAUUGGAGUUGCGGGAGAAGGACAACAUCAAGGACUUCAUGCCCAGCUGGCAGAGGAGGCCAAGGGAGGAGGCCAGUGUCCUCAUGGCUGCAGGAGCAACAGGCUGAUCAUCACCUCCAAGGUCUGGGACUGAGAAGGGAGUUGGCCUUGCGGGCUCACGGCUGUGAAGGACCCGGAGGGCUGGAGACCCGGAUGUUUGCCCCCCAUAUCUGAUCUGAAUCUUGGGGGAUUAAAACACCUCGACUCAAUUCACUGAAACUUCCGAAAAGCAUGUGUGCUCGUGUUGGCAAGCAAUGCAUCUAUUGGCAGGGCCAUGCCUUGCUGAAGAGACUCGGUGAAGACGAAGCCGAUUCGAGGCUGCAUGUGUGUUGUGUCGUUAAAAUAUUGACCGGUAUGGUGAAUGGAACUACAAAUUUAAAUUGUUGUAAUGGAAAUUAUUAUUUGUCAUGAAUAUUAUCAUUAAUUUGUGGAUUCAAAUAUACAGGAUGUAUUGCAUGCAUGUGCGUAGCGGUUAAACUUUUAUUUUACUGAUGAGAUAAAAAAAAUUACAUUCCGUUUUGGUUUAAUUGAAUUCGAGCUACAUGUGAGUUGUUAAUGAAAUACUAUAGAGCAAGCGCCUUAAUAUUCACACACCAGGCAAUACAAUUCUAGUCAUUCAGGGUUGCGAUUAGAUUUAGCAAUCGAUUAUUUUUGUGAAAUUGCUGUGAAUGUAGCGGCUUUUAGUGACGAUAGGCGGUGAGGUGAACCCAUGCCAUGCAUCACCACGUGAAUCGAAAAUGAAAUAGAACAAAAAUAACCAUGAUACUGGUCUGUCCCGCAUACAAUGUUUUCAAUGCGGUGUAUAUCGUGAGUAUAUAAGUAUAUAAUAAUCGAUUAAUAUAUGGAUCCGCACGCGUCUACUUAACGCCUGAGAGGAUGAACGCCACAGUGAGAGAUGGUGAUGGCUUGGGGAGGCCUUCAUCCAGCAGCAGAUAGAUCAUGGCUGAUGAUAAUGAUGAUGACUGUUUAGACCAUAACGAAAUCAUAUUGCACUACCGUGUAUAUUAGCAGGUUUCUUUAUGGGUAUUCUCAAAGGUUGAGAAUGUAUGCUUUUCUCAAACCAUUACUCCGGUCCUUGAUAUGUAAAGAGCCCAAAUUGUGUAUAGCCAUAACAAUUUACAAUGAGCAAGUCAUAAUACAGGUAUUUAUAUGUAUUUUUUGUUAAUUCAUGAAAGUAUUUAGGAAGCUGAGUCUCUAUUCUCAUUAUUGUAUUAUUGAGGAGCGGUGGUGCAGUGGUUAGCGCACUGCACUGUGAAUCUGCCCGCCCGCGUUCAAUUCCCGUCUGCGACUCACCAACCCGUUACUGGCGAAUUAUGGUCAAGCAACCCCCACGACCGACACAGCAUGAGAAGCGCCUCAACAUUUCUGUUCUUUGUAAAUGCUGGGUGCCUUGUUGGUACCAAAAUCAGUAAUGUAUCGAGCAAACGCAAGGACUUAAGCACACCGCAAACUUUGACUUAUUCUUAUUUACACCAUGCGCGUGCUGUAUACGUGUUGAUCAGCGGUGUGUACAUCAGAGGUGGGGAAACAUUUAACUUAUUGAGGCUCGAAUAGGACUUGGUGGGGACGCACGUUAACGCACACACACACAUGCUCAGUCACUCCAGUCACGAGGAGAGGCCCCGACAGUGACUGAAGUGACCAUGUAUGCUAUGCUGUAAACUAGACAAUUACAAAGACUCUACGAAGAAAACUAUAAGCAACAAGAACAACAAAAGUGUUUGGAAGGAUGUUCGAAACUAGGACAAUUAUAGGUACACGAAGCUGGGGAAGAAAUCAAAUUAAGUAGAUAAGAAAUUUCAAUAAUUGGAUGCAACUGGGAGUAUCUGAUACUGGGAACUAGAUGGAUGGAAGGCUACAAUUGUCAAUGUAUUUGAGAUAGGACAUGGCACACAGAGAUGCUGAAAUUAACCCCCCUCUAGUAUCCAAUUAGUGUGGCUUAGGUUCUUGCAGUGAUGGAUAACCAUGGUUUGAGGGCUGUAUAGAAGUGGUAAGCCUCGUCUACAGGGCCGGAUUAAUGCAGGGGGCUUUAAGAGUUGCAAUGUGGAACCUUACGAUUUUGAGGCCCUCUAAAUAUUUUGUACAGUACUGCUUUAAGAUGGUUGAAACGACAUAUGUCAUGAUAAAUUCUACAGGUAAAUAAGUAAAUUAAAGCCAUAGAAUAACAAUGUGAAUUACGACUGGUUACGGGCAGAAUAAACAUAUUUUUUUUAACUUUCAUUGAAACCUUUACAACAAUUCGUAAAACUCAUAAAAAACACAGAACUUAAAUACCCACGGUGAAUACCAAUUGGGUGUUUGACAUUGCACAUGUGUGCUGGUAAAACAGUCAAGGGAAGCAAUUGAAUAUACAAAGAAGGGCCCCCUCAAUAACUGUACCAGCCCUGCGCCCCUAUCAAACUUAAUUAAUAUUCGCCAAGAUGGCCCACUCUGAGAAUGUAUGCAUGUUGAACAUCCUUCGCACCGUACGUAGCCAACCGUGCUAAUUGGGGGUGCAGGGAGAAAUAGCACACACCUAACUCUGUUGAAAUUUAGCAAUGAAAAAAAAAGCCAAAUAGUUGCACAAUCAUAUUUCUCCACGCCUCCGUUCAACGUUCAAGCAUGGCCAAAAUGUAACGCAAUGGCAUCCAGACGAGGAAGUGAUUGGAGAGCCCCAAGUUACUCGGCUCUUGCCUUUGCGACAACACCUAAACGUAAUGCGGCGCUGCUCGUAUGGGCCUCGGGGCCGUAUGAUACAAAGUCGUGGGUCGCUUCCAGCCCGUGGACUGCAGGUUACCCUGCAGCUGGUUUAGAGGAUGGCAUUGCAGUUCGUCAUUGGUUUCGCGUGGCCACUUUGUUUUGCUGUACUCAUACUUUCCUUCGUGAAGGGCACACACGUUUACCCGUAAAUGAGUUCUCGCCCAUAUAAAUGGCUUUUUCACUAUGAUGAAUGCCAUCUGUUAAAGCAUCGAAUAUAUAUUUAAGCAGAAAUAAUGACAAUGAUUCAGGCAAUUGCUCAAAAUGUUUGUGAUGCCCUCUCUCUAUAUGUGUGUUGACAGGUUAACGGCAGGCAUUAGUCAUCAUUUUUAAACAAUACAGUAUAUUUAUCUCCCAUUGUAGCCUCAUAUACACAAUACAUACGCAAAGAUUCCCCAUAUAGACAUGCAGACUGUUGGGUCAAAUGCUGCUGGCGAGCAUCUAUUAAGGUCCGAACGGCGCCACGAUGGGAUGGUGUGGCCAGAACCGUGCUCCGGUUGUCUUUCUUUCCCCAGUGCGGACGUUUCACAUCAUACCAGGUACUCAUUUAAGGCUGAGUCGACCUGGAGGAGCCAAGGUCCAGUCCCAGAUACCACUUGCCACCACUGGCUUUAUAACCGAGGCCGGGAAUUGAACUCCUGAUCGUCCGGUUUGUUGCGCAGUACGCUAACCACUGCGCCACCGCUCCACCCGUUCAUACAUAUAUACUCCAAAAAAUACACAUGCAAGUAUACACGCAUUUUUGUAUUGGUAGUAUGCCACACAUUUUCUUGCAAAAGCCACAGCAUGGUUAAUUACUGAAUUAUACGUAUGCACCCUCAAUCUGGGGCUCAAUUACUCCGGCACCGGGCCGAGAACCUGAUCACGUGGUUUCUAUUCCCGGUCGAUUAUUUAGGUCAACUUUCCAAAUGCCCUCCACUAUAUUAAUGAAACAAAACAUUAUCAACAAACAGGACUCAGCCAAACAUCCCAUGGCAGGGCCCAACCCCUUGAAACUCUCAAGAUUAUUUCGGAAUUAUUAUUUGUAUUGUUAUCAUCCAGUACAUGGGGAGAGAAUCUUCCCUGAUACCACUACAAUAACUCCAAUAGUGGUUACGACCGAACGCUACGAACCCAGGGAACUUGAGUUCAAUUCCGGGCCAAGGCUAACAUCAGUGGCGAGCAAUACCUGAACUGGUCCUGGGCAAUCCACUAUUUCCCCGACGUCCCAACCAAGCACCACCAACCAGCCCACACUAACCAUGGUAUGGUCAAACACUGCCCAUGACCGCUUUCAUCUAACAGUGGAUAGAUAAAUGGUUGUAACUUAGCUUAAACGUGUACGACAAGCAGGAAUGGGAAACUUGGGUUGCAGGCAGACCUCCAUACGUAGUUUAUAUAUGUGUAAAAAAAUAUGUAUUAUUAAAUUUGUAUUUACUACGUCAAUGUUAAUCAACGUACUAUGUUGUAACCAUAUCAUAUGCGCGUAGGUACUACGCACUACAUUACUGUAAGCAUAUUCAUUGAGGUUAUUUUUGCUUCCAUUAUGAAUUAGUACUUUUGUAUGAAGUGGUUUUAAGAAGCUUGUUUUCACCAAUACCCGGUAUGUGAGACUAUAAAAGCACUGAUGUGUAAAUCGUUGAAUACAAGAAUGUGGAUUUUAUACACGUGGUUAAAUAAAGGGCAAUGUUGCUCAGAGUACCCA